AUGAAUAGUGCACGAUAUCAACAUACAGCGUCUGUCUUAUUUAAUGGAAAAGUAUUAGUUGCUGGUGGUAGUAGUCUGAACAGCACUGAAUUAUAUGAUCCAUCAAGUGGUAGUUGGACUACAACUGGAUCUAUGAAUGUUCCACGAUAUCAACAUACAGCAUCUGUCUUAUCCAAUGGAACAGUAUUAGUUACUGGUGGAGGGGGUGACGGUUCCAGCAGUGCCGAGUUAUACGAUCCAUCAACAGGUAAAUGGGCAAAUACAGGAUCGAUGAAUGUUAGACGAUAUUAUCAUGCAUUAUCUGUUUUAUCAAACGGACAAGUAUUGGUUACUGGUGGAUCUUAUACUGGUCCUAUCAACACUGCUGAAUUGUAUGAUCCAAUAAUAGGGAAUUGGACAAGAACUGGGUCUUUGAAUGUCGCACGAUAUCAACAUACAGCGUCUGUCUUAUUCAAUGGAACUGUACUGAUUGCUGGUGGAGUUGGUGAUGGUUCUAUCAACACUGCUGAAUUAUAUGAUCCAUCAACAGAGAAUUGGAUAAACACUGGAUCGAUGAAUAGUGCACGAUAUCAACACACAGCGUCCGUCUUAUCGAAUGGAAAAGUAUUGGUUGCUGGUGGAUCUAAUGUUGAUUCUAUCAAGAGUGCUGAGAUAUAUGAUCCAUCGACAGGGAAUUGGACAAGCACUAGGUCGAUGAAUAGCGCAAGAUAUCGUCAUGCAGCAUCUGUUCUAUCCAAUGAAAAAGUAUUAGUUACUGGUGGAUAUAAUAGUAGUGAUUUUGUGAAUAGUGCUGAAUUUUAUUGA